AGGCCGGCGAGCAGCCGUAAAAGGCCGGGGCGGCCGGGUAGGUGUGGCCCUGCCUGCGAGACCUGCGCCCCGGGCCGGCCGCCGCCCGUCGUCUCCCGCAGCCAUGGGCGCUGUCUGGUCCGCCCUGCUGGUCGGAGGAGGUCUGGCCGGGGCGCUUUUCGUGUGGCUGCUGCGGGGCGGCCCCGAGGACGCGGAGCAGAAAGACGCCUCUGCCGGGGAGGCUGCGACUCGCGGAGAAGGGCAGGGAGGCGGCGGCGGACGGAGCCCCUCCAAGCGGGAGCUGGGCACCAAACCAGAGCAUCCUCAAGAAAGCAAUGGACGCUUGAUUUCUGAGACCAAAGACCUUAGGAACCUGCAGGAAGCAGCCCGGCCACUGCAGAACCCUAGCAGAGAUGUCAGAGAGCACAGCCCUUCUGGGCCCUUGGCAGAUGCGGGAGCUCCGGCCAGUUCUGCAAGUGCUAACUCCAGAAGUCCCUCUGAAGAUUCCAGAAGUGAAAGUCUGGAGUCUCCCAGAGGGGAAUGGGGACUCCACAAAGGACGAGAGGCACUGGCUAAGGCCGGAGAGGGACUGCCUUCUAGCAGGCCGCGGGUGGACAGGGCCCAAGAAGUGGGCCUCGCACAACCGGACAGCCAGGGGGCCGCCGGUCAUGAAGUGGUGUCUAGGCACUCCUCCUGGGGGGAUGCUGGCUUGGGUGGUAGCCUAAAACAGGGAACGGACGGUGCCAGAAACUUUCUUGUGGAAGCAAGGGGUCGAGAAGUGGAUGGGAAACCAGGAUGGGCAACGGCCAAGUCUGCAGAGUCCCGGCAAGUUAGCGUCAGGUUCCAGGUCCAUUAUGUGACGGGCACCGAUGUGGAGUUCAUUGCAGUAACCGGAGACCACGAGCGCCUUGGGAGCUGGAACACGUACAUCCCACUCCACCGUAACAAGGACGGCUUCUGGUCUCAUUCUAUUUGCCUGCCGGCAGAUACGGUGAUGCAGUGGAAGUUUGUGCUGGUGGAGAAUGGGGGAGUUACUCGCUGGGAAGAAUGCAGUAAUAGAGUCCUGGAGACCGGCCGUGAGGAUCAAGUGGUUCAUGGGUGGUGGGGAGUUCACUGAGUUUUCAGAGUAUGAGAUGCAGUGGCACGAGGUGGCGAAGGCUGAGACUGGAGCACACUGAAUAAUUUAAGAUAAUAAAAGCCGCAUGACUCCAGA